AUGAAGCUUGCAACAGAUUAUCCCCUUCUGAAUAUCAAAUAUGAUUUCUUAGAUACAAUACAUGUUCCCAAUAUAAAAAUGUGUUCUCCAGGGUAUUUUGAGAUGUUAGCCUGCGAUUACAAGUUGAAUAAUAAUAUAGAAAUACCAGGAUGCUUGAGAUAUAUUUCAAACAUCACUUAUAAUAGUGGUGACCAAAGAUAUUGCCGCACUUUCAAUUCGGGCUUAAAAUACGUACGUGAAAAGCCAGAUGGGCUGAAUAAGUUAAAAUUUUAUUUCAACAUAAACACAACAGAAGCAGAAGCUGAGGAACUUGGAGUGGCCUUGAUUACAUUAGAUUUUAUAUCACACAAUUUCAAUCCAUUAUUGAAGAUGGAUAAAGCUGUUGAAUUACGUCUUCAGCUUCAAGGAAUCUUUGUCCCUGCAAUUGUUGACAGAGUUUCACUGGUAAAAUUUAGAACAAAAACAUACAAUAGCAUUCCUCCUUGGAAUUUUGGAUCUAUCUUUGGAUUACCUCCUACUUAUCACACCACAUCAAGUAUAGAAUGUUUGGUCAAUUACUUUCCUUUCAACCAGGAUCCAUAUAAUAUGCCAAUUGGAACAAAUGGCUACUUCAGUAUUAGUCCAGGAGACUUUAUAGUGGAGGAGACUAGUGAAAAACGAACAACGACCAUUCUUAGUAUUUUUGGAUCAGCUGGCGGUGCAUUUGGUAUUGUCAUGAAUACCCUUGCAUUUCUCUUUGGAUCAUCACGACUGGAUCCAUGGGGUUUUGUGAGAAGGAUAUCUAUAGAUAAAUGGUAUUUUAUACGACGACAAUAUGACGAUAUUAUUGUACCCUACGAUAAAAUUGAUUUUAAACAAUACUUAAAUUUUUAUAAUGGAAAUAUGGCAUGA